UAGGAAGUUUCUAUUUACUUCACUUUUUGCUUGUAGUUUUAAAAGCUUUGGAUGCCUGAGGAACUUCAGGUUUGGAGCAAUAUCUUUUAACCCAAAAGCAAGGGAAAAUACCACUGCUAAACGCAACAUAAACUCCCUCGAACACUUUUGAAAAAUUUGUUCGGGUAGAACUCAGUCAAACUACCAGAGAGAUCGACAUGCUUACAAACGCGGGCAGAUUUAUAGACAGAAAUCCCGGAAUAAUUCCGGCGGGAAAACUUUUCAAUGUUUCAGGAGAGACAGCCGGUGAUAGCCUCCAAAUACCACAACGAGACACUAGACCAGAAACUGUUCGAAAGUUUAGAGGAGCAACACAACCUGAGGCGGGAAAGGAGAGAGUAUUUUACGGCAGAGCAAAUGAUCCAGACAUUGCUUCGAGGAUUACACAUGGCGUCUACACGAAAUCUUCCCUUGUCGCGGGCCAACUUGUGAAUCCUUCAAGGAAAAGUCUCUUUUCUCAAAGGAUGCUUGACAAAAAAGAAAGCAUUUACGCAAGCAGGAAAAACGCUCCUUUAGGUCGGUGUCAUGAUAAAAAGCCAGGACUGCCUGAUGGAGUUGGACCAACUGAUGUGACUUAUGGAGUUAAAACCAUCAAAGAUGGAAGUGCUGGAGAAAUGGUAAACCCUGCAAAAACUGCAGCUCAAGUUAAUACCGAGUCAUUGGAGGGAAAGGAACUGUACAAAGUCAGCCAUAAUGACUUUGAUGUGGGUGAAAUGUUUGAUAGAAAGUAUGACUGGAGUAGAAUACCAAAAGGCAGCAAAUUUGGUGUGGAAACACCACAUAACAAUGAUGGCAUCCAUGUCAGAAAAACUCUCAAAUGGCUUCAUGAGACGCAACAAGAAAAAGCAACAAAGAUUGUUUCAAAACGCGUUGACAACUUCCGUGAGAGAACCCAGCCUCAACUUGGCCAGGUUCAUGAUCCAAUCAAAGACACCCUCAGGGUCCCUCCAGAUCAUCCAUUUGGGAUAAUGAUUAAACCAGAUGAGUACGGAGCUGGAGACCUGAUCCAUAUGCGUGUUCCUGGAAAUUAUCUUCGAGGUCAAGACAGGGAAAGAGGAGUACUUGCAGCUGCGAGACAUCAUUUGAAGAUGGCAAACUAUCACAAUUUCCAUGACCUGAAAGCUGCAUUUGGAUAUUAUGACAAGGAUAACUCUGGCAAAAUUUCACUUGAUGAAUUACGCGAGGUGUGUAUCCAGUUUAACCUUCCCAUCGAGCCAGAGCUGUUGGAGUCUACUUUAGCCUACUGUGAUGUGGAUGGUGAUGGACAAAUAAAUUAUGAUGAGUUUGCCAACUUCCUGAACUGGAAAGACAAGAUGCCAUCAGGAGGAAUAAAGAGUACUCUAACUGGAAUACAGAAGGAUUCAGCUGAAGUAGAAGCUAAGGAAGAUGAGCAGAAGACAGCUGCAUCAACACCUACAAGACUUAAAAAACAGAUUGACCAGGCUGUUGGCGGCUGGAAAACCUCUUCAUCUCAGUUUAAUGAUGUCACAGGCAAAAUAAGAACAACAGGUUGGCGAGCAUAUGGAGUUCCAACAGUAAGAUCUGAUUUACCAGCACCAAACACACGAAGAGUUGCAGACCACACUAAUUAUGGAGAUGAAUCUGAUGCCUAUGGCCUUAUCAACCCAUCAAUUUACAGUAAUCAUGGAGUUUAUGAGAAGGAUUUCUUUAGCUCCAGGGACCAGUAUGAGAUAAGAAGAAUAUUUGAUGGAAUUGGUGUGGAGAUGACAAGUGAUGCAUUUGAAAAGAUUUGGGAGGAAGCUAGCACCAGACACCCCACUGGACUGGUCAGCAUAGAGACAUUCAGGGGAGUAAUGGAUGAAGUAAAUGCCAAGAAACUUGUUGAAACUCAAAUGGCAUGAAAACAGAGAAGCAUGAAAAAAAGACUUGACUUUCCCUUAUUUAAAUAAACAUGAAGCAGUGUUCAGCUAACUUUUUAUUUUUCACUUCACAUUUGAUACAGUAGAGAUUGUUAAUAGGGUGUUUGUCUCUAUAGUACAGUAAUUAGAACUGAAAUUGGAAUAUUCUCCAAUCUUUUCAUGUUUGUGUUUACUCUGUCUAUCCAUUUGCCAUCCAUUUACAUUUAUAGAAAUCUUUGAAUUUUUGCCAUUCAAAUGGAAAGUAAUCAAUUUGGAUAGCACCUGAGCUAAAAAUGAUUGCAGCAAAUGGAAAAAGUUUUGGAACAUAAUUUUUAAAUAAAAUCUAAUUGAAUGAAAAAAUAAAUUGGUCCAUCGACACA